GACGAGCAAGAAAGAAUGGAAAGGGUAUAAUUAUUCCUCGUUCUCUAAUUAAAAUGUAAAAAUAGUGAAACGAGAUAGCAUGACAUGAAAUCAUAAGAGUGUCUCUAAGAAUCGUGUUCGAAUUAUUAAUGCUUGUCCGAGUUUACUUCAACUAGGAAAGAACGUACGAUUAGCUAUUUCAACCAUCAUGACUUGAUGUACACGGGUAUAAUAAAAAUACACGUUUGUGGUAAACAAUCGUAUCGCAACAUUUAAACCAUCCACAAAUGCAAACGGGUACGAAUGACGAUAAUUGGGAACAUAAUCAGCAGCGAUAUACAUGCCUCGUAAACGAAGAAAAAAGCCAGAUACACGGAACUAACGAUGACAGAAGUACGCAAAUUAAAGCGAUAGAGUAAUCAAUUUAUCGAGCUUCUGGUUUUACAGUUCUAGUGUAUGUAUGUACAAACGAUGGCACCCAGCAAAGACAAGUGGAUGAGGCGUUUCAUUAUUCCAGAAACGACACGGCAUAAGAAAGGCUUUACUAUUUACAAAGUCACAUCUGUGGUAUUUUUAAAGAGCUCACAUGAAGAAAUUUCUAAAGUGUCUGUAUGGAAACGCUAUAAUGACUUUAAAAAACUCCAUUCUGAAUUAAAUGCUCUGUAUUCUCAGUCCAAGAGUAAAGAAUGUUUCCCAAAGUUUCCAAAGCCAAAAUUUUUUGGCAGGUUCGAGGCAGAAGUUAUAGAAGAAAGAAGGGAAUGUGCAUUACAGCUUCUUGAAUUCAUAGGAAGACAUUCGUACUUGUACUCAAGUGAUAUUUUUAUAAAAUUCUUUGAAACUAGUCACGGGGAUUAUCUGACUGACUGCUCUCAGUCUCUUAGCUCUGAUACAUCGGCAGAGGAAGAUCGUCAUACUUAUAUAAAUUCUCUGCCUAACACUGAUGUCGCAUCUCAGAAUAUACUGCAACCUAGAAGUAUUCAAAGUUCGUUAACAAAUGUGUCAGUUUCGAAAAAUGAAAUAAAUCAAUGGCAAGAGACAUCCAAAGCUAAGGAGCAAAAUUUACAACAAAUUGGCCUUAGGUACAAAAAUGAGAAUCAAGAGAUAUCCAUGACAAAAAGUACGUAUAAUAAUCUAUUGAUAAAGAACAAUGAUUCUAGUAAAAUUACAUCUAAGCUAGAGGACAAUGAAUUAAUUUGUAAUAAGAAUAACAAUUGCUAUAAAAAUGAGAAUUAUAAUGCUGCGAAUGAGAAAGAUCCUACAAUUGUACAAACAUUAAACGCUGAUAGUAUUAUUGGAAAUGGAAAUUGUUCGAUGAGUACUCACGAUGGUUCCGAUCUACCGCAAUCGUGUCCAGAGUCAUCUCAAUACAUUUUAAUCGCAGCUGCGCAUAUGAGUGCAGCUUUUAAACAUGAAGAUCAGACUGAGUACGAGGAAGCAUUCACUCAGUAUAAAAUGGGAAUCUCUAGUCUAAGAUCUGGUGUUGAAUCUGAUUCAAAUAAAUUAAGAGCUGAGAUAAUUAAGGAAAAGAUAUCUAAAUAUUUAGACCGUGCUGAGAAGCUUUAUAACAGAUAUUUAAAUUGUAAUGUUUCGUUGCUGAGUAAACCUAUUUCAGAGCUUCAAUAUUAUAAAGUGCUGAAAAUUAUAAACUCAGUUAUGCUUGUAAAAGACGUUCGUAAAAAUUGCCUCAAUAUUGUAAAGGUCAAAGAAAAAUUAUCAUCACAUAAAGAAAGUAUAAGUAACUACAUAUUACGCGGAGAAAUACCAUACAUGGUCCAUUUACAUGCAUGCAUUGAAACAGAAACAAGCGUAUUUUUAAUUCUAGAACAUUUGAGUCGUGGAAGAUUGUGGGAUUUUAUAGCAUCGCGUUACAAUCCCGCGAAUAAUAAGAAUUGUGGUAAAAUAAUUACAAAAAGUGUUAUUGAGAGAUCAACAAAUGAUAGUGAUAUACUUUUAAAUGAAUGCGAUAUUAAGAACGACAUUUUGGCCACUAAGCUACAGGAAAAUGUGAGUACAAAUAUUAAAGUACAAAUGGAGAUAGAUCCAAUAAUGGGAGAAGAGAAAUAUACCGAUGUAUCUACUACACAAUUAUUAGAGAAGGCACAAAUACUAUUACAAUCGGUUAACGCGACUUUAAGGGAAAGUAAUUCUGUUACUAAUCGAUUACGCGAAGCCGACCACUUAAUAAAUCAAGACACAUCGUUAUUGAAUUUUAAGAACAGCGUGCACCAGCCUAAAACUUGUAACAAUGUGUCGGUAGAUAUUAAUGAUAUAUCAUUAGAAAUCGACAAUGUAAGUAAACCUGUAAAAAAUGAAAUAUCUGCGUAUCUAUCUCCGGAUAACAUGGCAAUCACAAGGAGUCAAUACAGUAGUAGGAAUUCAUCUUUAAACAGCAGUUACAAAAAUUUAAAUUCUCAAGGAAAAGAAUCAACAAGUUCUUCAACAGACAGUAUAAAACCAGCUAACACACAUUUUGAGACAGAACAUAAAACUAGUAAUAAAGAGGAUCUUUUUUCAAAUGGAUAUGAAGUAAAUAGAAUGGAUAAUUGUCGCAUAUCAAAUGAUCUCUUAACCGAAUCGACGAAAAAUAGCAAUAUCGAUGAUGAACAAGAAUUAUGGAUAAUACCGGAGGACGUGAUUCGUCUUUGGGCAGCUGAAAUUCUUUUAGCAUUAGAAGCAUUACAUCAACAGGAAGUCAUAGUCUUCGAUUUGAAACCCGAUAAUCUGUUACUUGAUGAUAAUGGCCACGUAUACUUAACGUAUGUUAUACCUGGCCACGACAUAGAUUUAUUAAAAUACAAACAUCCAUAUUCGGCUCCUGAAUUGUGCACGUUCUCACCUAUGAUCUCGCUCAGUCCAGCAGCAGAUAUUUGGAGUUUCGGCGUUAUAUUGUACGAAUUAAUAGUAGGGAAUAAAUUUGAAGCAAAACAUUCGGGCACGUUUCAAUCGCAUUCCAUAAUCAACAUUCCUAGCAAACUGUCAGACAAUGCAAAAUCUUUGCUUUUAAACGUACUAAAGUACAAUCCAAAUGAUAGAAUGACAAUACCAGAGAUAAAACAACAUCCAUUCUUUAUAGAUAUCAAUUGGUCAAGUUUAGUAAAUACACUCUAAGAGCAAGAACGCAUUGCUCUUAAAUCUAUUCGUAUGACGAUGUUAAAAAAAAUUUUGAGAGUAAUGGAUUCCUCUGAUUAUGUGCAUAAUUUUUUCUCUAAGUCAAGUUUAUUUGAAUUUUAUAAAAUAUUUAUGUACUUAAAAGAGAAGUUUAAUACUUCAGUCAUUAGUAGAUUAAGUUCGUUGUGUUUUAUACAUGUGUUGUAUUUGCAAAGUUGAAUGUACAAAAUUACUUUAAUUUUUGUUAUAAAGUUUUUUAGGAAUCCAGGAUUCAGAAUUUUUUUAAUCAUGAGA